UUUCUUUUUGAAUCUUAAUCUGAGAGACAGUGCCCUGCAACUCCAUAGGGUCAAUCCUGGCUGCAGGGAGGCUGGGAGGGAAGGAAGCUGGUGAGAUCCUAGACCCUCAACAAUGAGAAAUCCAUGUGGCCCUGGUAGCUAAACAUCCAGAGACACACGGCUGUGAUUGGCCUGUACUUGGACAAACUGGAGCUCUGAGUUUGGGACCCAGCUGAAUUAGCAGAUGAGCCUCAAGCAGGGCUUGCUUACCCACUGCAGGAAUCAGCUUGUUUGCAAACGGGACACAGAGGAGUGUUCCUCUUCCCUGUCACCCACAUCUUACUUAUUUGAGUGGCAUUCUCAAAUUCGCAUAUUUCACUCCAGCUGAGACUUCAGCCUUGACCUCAGGCAUGCAAAACUGAAUCCCUGGAGAACGAAAAGGAUAACAUUGUUAUCUUUACCAGAAUCUAAUCUAUGUAGAGUAGGUCCACGUGGUUUUCUGGAUUCAUUGCCUAAAUGAACUAGAACUUGACAUCCCACAAUGGCUGAGCUCCAGACAGAAGGCUGUGUAGUGUGGACACUGUGUCAAGGCCACCUGCAUGGUCCCUUUUCAGACACAACCUGUCUCAAAGGCUAGAGACAUGAGACACCCUAGGUCCUGGUCUUGUGUCACUGCUGAAAUCUGACCCCUGCUUUUGUGCCUGGGGCAAUAUUCUUGCCCUCUUGGGGAAAAAAAUGGGCGGGAACACGGGUAACCAACUGCAGGUCCUAGGGGUGGGCGGCCUUGCUGACAUAGUUGGCAAUGUUGAUCCCCCUUCUGUUGCAGCCUUCACCAUGGGGCAGCUGAGUUCAGCCAACAACCUCUUUGCUUUGGAGCUGUUCCACACCCUGAAUGAGAGCAACCCCACAGGAAAUACCAUCUUCUCUCCCGUCAGCAUUUCUUCUGCCUUGGCCAUGGUCUAUCUGGGGGCCAGAGGCAGCACUGCAGCCCAACUCUCUAAGACUCUGCAUUUUGACUCUGCUGAGGACAUCCAUUCACAGUUUCAAAGCCUGACUGCUGAAGUGAGCAAGCGUGGAGCAUCUCACACUCUGAAACUUGCUAACAGACUGUAUGGAGAGAAAACCUACAACUUCCUUCCUGAGUACUUGGCUUCAAUCCAGAAAACGUACAGUGCUGACUUGGCCCUUGUGGAUUUUCAGCAUGCUUCUGAGGAUGCAAGGAAGGAGAUAAACCAGUGGGUCAAAGGUCAAACAGAAGAGAAAAUUCAGGAACUGUUUGCUGUGGGUGUGGUGGACAGUAUGACUAAACUUGUACUAGUGAAUGCCACCUAUUUCAAGGGAAUGUGGCAGAAAAAAUUCAUGGCACGGGACACAACCGAUGCUCCAUUCCGACUGAGUAAGAAAGUCACAAAAACAGUGAAGAUGAUGUAUCUAAAGAAUAAUCUUCCAUUUGGCUACAUUCCAGACCUGAAGUGCAAGGUGCUGGAGAUGCCUUACCAGGGUGGAGAACUUAGCAUGGUCAUUCUGCUGCCUGAAGACAUUGAGGACGAGACCACAGGUCUUGAGGAGAUUGAGAAACAAUUAACUUUGGAAAAACUGCAAGAAUGUGAGAACUUACAAAACAUUGAUGUCUGUGUCAAAUUGCCCAAAUUCAAGAUGGAAGAGAGCUACAUCCUCAACUCUAACCUGGGCCAACUGGGAGUGCAGGAUCUCUUUAGCAGCAGCAAAGCUGAUCUCUCUGGCAUGUCGGGAUCCAGAGAUCUUUUCAUAUCAAAAAUUGUUCACAAGUCCUAUGUGGAAGUGAAUGAGGAGGGAACAGAGACAGAUGCUGCCAUGCCAGGCACUGUUGUUGGAUGCUGCCUGAUGCCCAUGGAAUUCACGGUGGACCAUCCAUUCCUUUUCUUCAUUCGGCACAAUCCCACGGCUCAUGUGCUCUUCCUUGGCAGGGUUUGUUCCCCAUAGAAGAAGGAGACUUUAGAGAUACAAGGCAGAGCUUAGAGUUUCAUUACCUGAGAUUUUAAUAGUGAUUAUUUUCACUUGCCCUUGACCAUAAAACCUCUAUCAGAAUCAAACUUGACUUUAUUUUGUAAGAAAGAGCACAACUCCAUUGGCUUUUUAUAUCCAUGUCUUUUGGCAUGGGUGUGUCUAUUUUGUUUUUACACUGAAAAAAAAAUGCUGUUGUCACUGUCAACAAUGUCAUGUUUAAAGUCCAAAGGACAAAAUAGAUAUAGUUUUCUGACCAUAAGGUAACCUGUACAAUUGACCUACAGUACUGACAGGCAUGAAAAUAUGUAGCUUUUCCUAAAUCAGUUUUUUCUCAGUCUAAAACUAGAGUAAGACAAGAAGAAAGAAGGAGAGAGAGAGAGAGAGAGAGAGAGAGAGAGAGAGAGAGAGAAAG